AUGAAUAUAUCAAAACCAACAUCAUUUUAUAUACAACAACAACAACAACAGCAGCAGCAUUCAAGUAAAACAGCAAGUCAAAGCGUAGAUUCAAUUAAACAGAAAAAUCAACAACAACAAUCAAAUGAAAAGCUAAUAGCUAAACAAAGAUUGCUAUUUUCAACAGUCUAUGCUGAGCCACUAAAGAAAAUCGAGCACAAUAUCAAUGUUCUCAUUCAAUGUGGUUCCAUAGACACCAGUCUACAACCAACCACACAAUACGAUUCAUUUGAACUCUUUGAGUUCUCUGGUGAUUCAAUUCUUGCAAAAGAAUUCUCAGAUAGAACUACAAAGUAUCCAGGUGCAUCACCUUAUAUUUGUACAUUGUUCAAGUCACACGGAUGCUCUAAUGAUACACUAACAUUCUUUUAUCAUCUGUUGCACAUCUCGUCGAAAUUACUCGACGUGCCACCCACCAUCCCAAAGAAACAGGCCGACAUUAUGGAGGCAAUGAUUCACGAGUUGUAUCAUGCGCAAAACAAUAUUGCCAGAUCGACUUUGGAGAUGUUCAUCUUGGUGUUGUUACAAUACACCAAUAUCACAUUUCAUCAUUCCGAUCCAAAGUUGUGUGCAGAGGUCUCUGCUAUCAACAACAACGCACUACUCAACCUUUUUGACAAUGACUCAUACCUCAAGAGCAUCUCAUUGGCCAGCAUGAUUGCCGUGCCAACACCAACACCCUUACCAUCAGUACCAUUAACAGUACCAUUAGCCGUACCAUUAGCAGUACCAUUACCAACAUUAGAUUCUUCUUUUGCCACUUCAUUAAAACAACAGCAGCAGCAGCAACAAACAACAAAGAGUGUAGUAUUUGAUAUCAAACCAAAGAUGGCUCCGGUAUCAUUAAACUUCAAGCUAGAGUCUCUUUUGGAAACAAAUACUACUCACACCUCUAAAUCUAUGGUCAUCACUGGUGAUCAAAAACAAUCAAAGAUUGUCAAUAUGAUCACAGACCCACAGAAUACCCUACUCUCACCAUACACAUUAGGUUUCCAAUCAAGCCAUACACAACCAAUCAGUUAUUAA